CUCGAUGGGCAGUUCAGAGCAUUUUGGCUGGUGCCGAUCAGAUGAAAUUAGGAUAUGUUUCGCGCGCUAACCCGAAAGACAAUCGCCGUCAUGUGAUAUUAGGCACACAGUAUUAUAAACCUCGUGAUUUUGCUGCACAGAUGAACAUGUCAGUUUCUAAUGGAUGGGGCAUUGUGCGGACUGUUAUAGAUAUUUGUAUGAAGUUGCCCGAGGGUAGAUAUGUAUUACUUAAAGAUCCGAACAAGCCUGUAGUUCGUCUGUACUCUGUUCCUCCAAAUACAUUUGAAAUUGAAGAUCCUCUUCUUGAUGAAGGAGAUGAAUUAGAGGAGGAUGAAGAUGAUGUAAUUGAGACAAGAUAG